UUCAUCGGACAACACCUAUUUUGUUUGAUGGCUAACUAUAUUUGAUGGCGGCACUGUUGAAAAAUAAAUCUAAUAAAACGAAAUAUUUGCUUCACACCGAGUGGUUUUCCAUCCAUUGACGACGAAUUAAAACCAAACAACAACUAGAAACAUGUUGGCAGAUUUUGUCGUUGAUAGUUCUGGCGACGCGAAGCGUACGGACAAAUCAUUGGGGAUAUUAACGCGAAAGUUUGUACAAAUUCUACAAAAAACAUCAAAUGGAGUCUUAGAUUUAAAAUACGCGGCGGAUGUGUUGAAUGUGAAGCAGAAACGUAGAAUCUACGACAUAACAAAUGUUCUGGAGGGCAUUGGUCUCAUCGAGAAGAAAAGCAAAAACAGCAUACAAUGGAGAGGAUUUCAGAGAGAAGCAACAUCAACACCGGAAGAAAUUUCCAAUCAAGUGCAAUCGUUGGAAAAGGAAUUGGACACCUUGAAGCGGAAGGAAGCUGAUUUGGACAAAAACUGUCGACUGUUAGAAUUCAAUUUACAUUGCAUGCAAACCGAUCCAAAAUUUACAUAUUACUCUUACGUCACAUGGGACGAUCUGAUCCAAUGUUUCGGCAACGAUUUGGUGCUGACUGUGCGGAACUAUGACUUGUACAAAUCGUCAUUCAUCCGGGUCCCCCAAUUCCAAGGCAAUUUACAAAUUCAAUCCGAUUGUCGGUCGAUCGAAGUGAAACUGGUGUUAAACGAACCAAAGCAACCGAAUUACGAUCCACUGGCCGUCAUACCAGAACUUGACUCCGAGAAUCGCGCCGAUGAAUCGUCUGUGGAAUCUGUAUCGGAUGACGGUUCAGUCGGAUCGAAAACAGCAUCACGAAAGCGAAAAUCACUGCGCAAUGCAAACAAUAACGAGAAAGAACGUCCGGCACGGGAUGAAAGUCCGGACACGAAAGAGCGAAACGAAUUGGCGAAAAUUCUGUUCAACACGAGUGAGAAACGGUUCAAACGGAACUUGGACCAGCCGCUGUACAUCUCCAAUGAAACCGGCGGACUGUUUCGUAUUAGCCCACCACCUUACUAUAUAUCCGUGCUGAGAAAAGACGAAGGACUGGCUGACUUGUAUGAGGAUCAAUUGUAAUUUUACCGUUCAUUGUAUAGCUGACUAAGACACAUUCGAGUUUGUUUAUUAAAGAAAAUAUUUCUUAUA